GUGCUAGUCAGUGCAAGGGACACAGCGGGGGGAGCCAGGCUGCCCGGCUCCCCUGCCCCCCCGCGUGCAGGGUGACCCCACGUCCCGAUAUUCGGGGCUUUGUCUCACACAGGCGCCUAUUGCCCCCCCCGCCCCCGCCCCAUGGCCUGGGGGCUGCUCCUGGCGCUCUGCGGGGCGCUCCUGGCUCCGGCCGCGGCGGGUGGGCAUCACAGCCUGGCCGUGCUAGUCACAGCCGUCACCCAGGAAGAUGGGACUCAUCACUACUUCAUGAUCUCCAAGCUGGAUGACGUUCAGAUCGCGUACUACAGCAGUGACACGCGAGAGGUCAGACCCACCCAGACGUGGGCAGAACAGGCCGUGGGCGCUGAGUAUCUCCAGGAAAAGACCCAGGAGUUCUUGAGGCACGAGAAGGGCUCAAAAGUCGAGACCAGGUGGUGGAUGCAGCUGCACAACCAGACGGGCGGGGUUCACACCGAGCAGGUUCACGUGGGCUGUGCGCUGAGCGGCCAGGCCCCCCGCGACCUGAGGUACCAGUACGCCUACGAUGGAAGGGACUUCAUCAGCUUUGAUGCCCAGAUGAGGACAUGGGUGGCAGCUGUGCAGCCGGCCUUCGCGCCGAAGCAGAGCUGGGAGACGGGCAAGAGCUACACUCAGUAUGUCCAGCAGUUCCUGCAGUCCGAGUGCCUGGGGACCCUGCGGAGCCUGGUUCAGCGGGGGAGGGCGGUGCUGGAGCAGCAGGUGCCCCCCAAGAUCUCGGUUUCCCGCAGAGACACCCCCGACGGCUCUGUCAUCCACUCCUGCCACGCCAGGGGCUUUUAUCCGCGUCCCAUCCACGUCUCCUGGGUGCGGGACGGAGAAGACAUCCUGGCGGAGAAGGACUCCAGUGGGAUCCUGCCCAACGCCGACAGCACCUACUACACGCAGUCGUCCCUGGAGAUCUCCCUGCAACAGGAGGAUGGGCACCGCUACGCCUGCCGGGUGGAGCACAGCAGCCUGGGGGAGCCCACGCUCGUCUGGGCCCCUGGGAAGACGGGCCCUCUGUCCCCCGGAGUCCUGGCCGCCAUCGUCCUGGCCGUGCUGGUUCUGGCUGGAGCCGUAGGGGCCGGCAUCGUCCUGUGGAGGAGAAAAUCAGCAGGCCCUGUGAAACCUGGCUACACUCCAACAGCCACAAAGAGCGAGGAAGAUUCUGCCUCCAGCUCUUCAUCAGGAACAGACCUCCGGAGCGUGGGACCCCAGUGCUAGGGGCAGUGACCCUGCCCUGCUGCUGUCCCCACUGGUUUGGCGAUCUCUGUCCUCUGACUCCCCUCUGCCCCAAAGGAGAUUCCCACUUGAUCGUUAGAGCAGUUUCCUCCUGGGGGUGUUGGGCCUCAGGCUCUGCUAUUGCAGUGUUUGCGUCUCUGCUUCUGCAGCCAGGACUUUUCCUCAACUUCUCCCCAAAGGGCUGACUCGCUCCAGUGUCUCGUCUCUGCGGGGGCCGCACUGCCUGCAUCAGGGACGGGCAGGUCCCCUUGUCCAGCAGCAGGAACCAGCACAGAGCCCGAUGAGCAGGCAAAGAAGGGGGCGAGGGAGCCCCACAGCGGGCAAUUAUGGGCUACCCCGUUCUGAUUGGCCACAGGUGCCUGAGGUUUGACCAUCACUUCUCAGGCUGGCCUGGCCUGCACUGGCUGCUGGCCUCUGGCCGUGCCGACCUGUGCCUCAUUCACCCCCCGCUGGCCACCGAGGGGUAAUGUCCAGCAGUGUGGGGCUCGAAGAUCUGACACCUAGGAGCGAGUCACGGCUAGCUGGCCUGCAAAGCCAUCGACCUUCACACCAGCCCCCAGGCCAAACAGCCAAACAGCCUCUGGCAGUGCCCCCCCAGGGCCAGGAGUGCGUGGGGGCUUUGCCCCCACACCCCUUUUUUCUAUUGUCACCUCUGAUAGGAGCCUUGUCUUAUAACAGGCUUAAUCAAAAGUGAUACAAGCUACAGAAGUGAGAUCUUGGAAGAGUGUUGCCAUUUUCAUAAUGUAAUAAAAAUACUGAAAUAAUAAAUAAUAAUAAAUAGUGUGUAAUAAGCAUGUCAUAAAAACAAAUUUUUUAUGUCCAAGAUCAAUGCUUUUAUAAUUGAUGCUGAGUAAGGGGGAAAAUCCAUGUAAAUAUUGAUUUUUAGGAGGGGGUUCACAGGACUAGACAUUUUAGUGAAAGAAGUUCAUAGGUUAUUAAAGUUUGUGACUCUGUGUGACGUGGGGAAGAGAUCGGCUGUUACCGAAUCAGCCAUAAUCCGGGCAGGCACCUUAAUGGCACCGACAGCUCUGCUGCUGCUGUUCACGUCACCAGGGAGCGAUCGGACCCUCCCUCUGUCAGCUCUUGGGCUGGAACCGAAACGUCCGGUUUGGCCUUGGGGAUGUGCGGUGCCUGUGGGGCUGCUAGCGACCCAGAUCCGCCGCCUCCCGGAGUGCUACGUAUCCCUUAGCGGGGGCUGUUAAUGUACGUGGGGUGGUUUAGUGAACCUGCCUGAGCACAGUAAGACACUGGACGAUUUCAUGUUCUUCCAUUUGUACAUAUUUUGUUUGAUGCUUUUGCUCGGCUAUUGAGCUAAUAAAACACAGACCAUGGAA